AACGCAAAGCGCCAAAGCUUUGCGAGCGUGGUCAGCCUCGAUCAUCGAUCGCUGCUGCAUACGAUACUACCGAGAAACAGAGGCGGAGCCAAAGACAGACGACCUGCUGAAGCCGGAGUGAGGCGUCUUCUCCCUGCAGGCUGCACUGCAUGACUGACGGAGCAAGACCAGAGACGGAGAGCGCGCGGGGUCGAGGUCGAAGCUCUCAGCAGCUCCGCGCCGCCGAUGACCAUCAUCUUCUUCCCUUCCGCUCGCACAGGUUACAGCAGGCAGCCGGCCGGUCCGGUCGAAGCUCGAUGCAUAAAGAGAGAGCAGCCGGUCGGCGCCGGGCGUACGUUGGCCUGAUGAAGCAACAAGCACGGCCAACACUGCUGCCGGGAUCUUGCAUGCAUUCGUCGGAUCCACCGGACUAGCUUGUGCGCGAGUAACAAUUGCUAAACAAGGAACCAAUGAGUGAGCAGGCAGCGGCGACGGCUUCUGGACAGGAUGGUAACAUCACGGAACCACUGAGUGAGCUCGAUGUGGCAGCGGCGCCAGUUUCUGGAGAUCAGGAUGGUGCUGGCAAGGAACCAGUACUGAGUGAGCUCGAUGUGAUAAACUACCUUGGCGGUUGGAUCGACAACAAAGACGACGCAAGCCUACCUAAGUUCGUCCACCACAUUGACCUGUACGCGUGUCCCCCCUGGGAAGCCGUCCAAGGCCUCAAGCCCGCGCUUAGGGCCACCAGGUAUGGGGGAGGAGGGGAAGAAGCCUGGUUCGUCGUCAGCGAGGACGGAGAGCGGCUGCUGCUUGGGCGCAAGGUUGGAGAAGCAGGCACGUGGCACCUGGAGAGAGCCGACCGGCCUGUCCUUAGCGCUGACGGCAAGUCCGUGGGGAGCAAGACAAGCUUCUCAUAUAAAAAGUCACCUGUAAAGGGAGGUAAAGCAAUAAGCACUGGGUGGAUAAACAUGCAGUACUCGCUCGGGAAUGACAAAAAGGGACCCGUCAUUAGCAUGAUCUACAGGUCCAGUCACGAUUAUGCUGCAAAAACAUCGACCGUGGCAGCUGUCUCCGUCGGCCAAACCUCCAAGCCAGCAAGGCCGAGGGCUGCGGCUGCGCAGAAGCGCAAGGCCGUUGCUCUGGCUGUGGCGGAGGAUUCGCAGGACGGGGAAAAUACAGGUAGCGCUGCUACUCGACUCAGCUGCCUCACUCACACCAUCGUCCAUGACUUACUCGUGCAGGCUGCAGGGAAGGCGGUUCACUGCGACGACUUGAAAGAAGCUUGCCAAAUCCAAGAGUUCGUCGCUGCUAAAGCCAUUUAUCUCACGAUGACUCAUGAUCUUGGGUUGGAUAUUUCCAUCGUUUCAGAUGCAUUCAGUCGGUUGGACGUGCUUAUUAAAAAUGUCGUGAUGACAAAAGAGUUGACUGAUAGCGCGCGACAUCUCCUUUUUCGUUUGUGCAACCGCAUGUCUACAACAAUUCUGUCUGACUAUUUAAAUGAGCUCCCCAAAAGAGUACUCCGGGAAAUGAUGGUGCAAUCAGCACUUCCAGUGACUUUCACCGCGGCCUCCAGCUCAGGCGUGAAGAGACUCCGUCAGGAAAAGACGGGCAUGUGCCCCAUUACUCUAGAGGAAACCGAUGGCCAUUUCAUGUCCGAAGAUUAUCCCGUCCGAGGUGACAAGGCCGCCGAGGAUUACACCAAAAUCUUCGCCGCCGAUAUGCUUAACGGCGACGAAAUUUCACCCAUCGGAGGCGGCGCACAUGAUGGGUUCCUCUUCGACAUACCUGAAGGUGAAGGUGGUGACUCGGCCGGGUUUGCCGAUAUGCCAGGUGUUGGCGACAAUCUGGAGGUGCUUGUUGGAGCCCACGAGUUUCCCGCCAGUUUUGCAGCUCCUCAAGUUGCCGGGCAGCAGGGACCUGAAGCUGGCAUGGUGGCGGAGCCCGCCAGUGCACCUUGCCGUGUUCUGGAGGAAACCGACCUUCACCAGUUCGCUCUCAAGGACAGUGCCCGCAGAUCUCUCGUCGGAGCCGGGGAUUCGGCCACUGAUGCAUUUCGCCACUACGACUUCAGUGCGAACAACAACGCCGAUGGCGCAUUUGACUACUCCAACUUCAACAACGACGCUGCGGGUUCGACUGGCUUUGUCGUUCGUGCCUUUGACUACCCCAACUUCAACAACGGUGCCGGGGGGUCGGCCGCUCGUGCCUUUGAGUACCCCGACACCGGCGCCGCUGGUUCGACUGGCUUGGCUGCUGGUGGCAGUGAGCGUCAGGUUCACGACGACCGCUCAAUGGACAUUGAUGAUGAAUCAGACAACUUCGACUGGGUUGGUCUCCUCAACCAGGUUCGAAGCUGAGGACUUGGACUUCAAUGCCCUUCAAGACAUCGACCUCGACUUCGCCUUACAGUUUAAUGAGUAUCUUGUAGCUGCUUCAAGACAUUGAUGAGUAUCUAGCUAGCUAGUAGUGCCUGAGUUUUGAUGAUUGUUUUUGUUCCAUGACUUGUCCUCCUAUGCAUCUAUCGUUGCAUGGUUUUUUAGGCAGUCACUUAUUGCUCAAUUUCUUCAUUAGUUCUGUAAUAGAAAGUUGACAGCAAGUUGCAAGUCAACUUUCUUGGGGGCUCCUGCCCCCUCAUUCUGAAGUAGGUCUCUCUCUCCUUGUGGAAAAACUACUCAGUUUAUAUAGAGGCAUUUUUUAGAUGAUUGAUACAGCAGAGGUUUUGGCAUCG